AUGGCGAGCGAGGUGCAGGCGAAAGGAGACGGACAGCAGUACCAUGGAUCCAUUCUGGAAAUCCUCACAAUCGUUCUCGCUUGUGUUUCGGUCCUGGUGGUAACAGUGCGUGGAGUCGCGAGACACCGAAUCAGUCGGAUCGUCGAAUCUACCGACAUCUUGUUGCCCAUUGCUUUGGUGUUUUUACUGGCACAGACCGUGUUUGUACGCUCGGCCAUCUCGAAUGGCCUCGGUCGACAUGUCGACACGUUGGAUGCGGAUCAGGUAUCAACAUUCGAAAAGCUCAUCUACGCCGCGAAUCUCCUUACCCGACUUGUACUCGCCUUCGGUCAAGUCAUUGUAGUAUUGAUUAUCAAGAAUGUCGAGCCACCACGGCCGGUCCGAAUUGGCUGCAACUGCUUACUUGGAAUCAUUGUCAUAUACUCGGCGCUUGCGCUGGCUAUCCUUGCUUUCCAAUGCUCCCUUCCAACGCCAUGGUUAGUGGCAGACGACCGAUGUGUCGACCGACAAACAUUCUUUACGUCCUUUGUCAUUGCUGACAUCGUCAUCGAUGCCGUCACGCUCAUUCUACCCGUCAUAAUGAUUUGCAGAGCAUCAACCACCCGCGACCAAAGGGUCUUUGUAUGUUUGCUGCUUGGCUCGAGGGUCGUUCUGCCGCUAGUCGCAGCUCCUCAACUCUACCACCUUCGACUCGUGAUGGCUUCCAAGGAUCUGACAUGGAACAUGGUCACUCUACAGACGUGGGUGCAGGUCUCGAUGAACCUGAGCAUCAUCACCGCCUCGUUACCUUCCUUCGGCAUGGUCAUGUGGGACCUCUGGGCCUUCGGCUCGAGUCGCCUCCGAGCCACCCGAUCCGUCAAGAGUACCAACACGUCCCGAGAUUUCGGGCACGAGCUAGGCUUCGAGACAAGCCCGCCACGGUACGAGUACGCGGCGUCGGGAAAGUGGGAAGGUCUCGACGAACCGGGUCCGGUCAUCUGCGCGCCCGAAAAGGACCGGGACGACGACAACUGGAGCGAGCUACUCCUCAGCAAAGUCCACGAGAUAGGAAGCGUCGAGUCGUACGACGCGGUCAUUGACCAUUACGAAAAGUCAGAGCAUCCCGACGAGAGCGAGGAGCUGCGGCAGCAACGCUACCACGCCCCUGCACCUGCAUACACCCCGUCUCGAAGAAGGUACCGCAGCAACCACCGUCGCCGCCAACCAGACAUAUUGUCGCCCGUGAUUGAGCGAUCGCCGUACAUCGGCGGUGCGACGACACCUCGAAUCCCUGCUUCGCCUUCACAGCAUUGGGGAAAUUUCCAACAGCAACGACAGCAACAACACCAGCAGCAGCAACAGCCGUACCUUCCCAACGACAACAACAAGAACGACGACGACGACAACGUCGUCCUCAUCCUCCCGAAUCCUCCAUAUUCUCCACGCAUGGACUCUCCCAAACCGCCGUCGUACGCCGCCAGUUCGCACUACGACGACGACCGGUCGGAGAUUGAGCCCUCCGAAUUCGACGUCGACAGCUACUACUUUGGCAACACGAACUACCUACGACAGUACGAUCCGCACAGGACGGAUCUGUUUCUGCAGAGCAUGAUUGAUGAUUUGCAAAAGGAGAACGCCCAAGUCGAUCCGUCGAAACGGUGGGAACAUGGAUGGAUAUGA